AUGGCUUCGAUCAGUUCAUUACCGGCCGAGCUGCUCGGAUAUAUAUUGGAACAUCUGUCUAUGAAAGACCUCUUGCUGGACCAGAGAGUAUGCCGACAAUGGCGCCAAGUCAUCAAGCAGUCUCCACAUCUUCAACGCCUCAUGUUCCUGGGUUUCGUGCCAAGUACGAGACUCUCGCCGACCGAGCUAUCGCGCUUCGUGCAUGACAACAAACACGCCUCUGGACCAUCUACCGAAAAGCAAAAGUCGCAAGCCAGCUUGAACGAAAAGGAGCAUCUCGAUGAGGAUCAGGACGCUGUCGACAAUCCCGCCAAGUCACCCUCUGGCCCAGUCGUGUCUUUCAAUCCAGUCUUCCCGUCUGAAGGGGAGGUCAUUCGCAUGAGAACGAUGCAAUUCAGGGCGAAGCUGAGCUCGGCCGAGUCGUGGCUGAACAUGUACCUGACGCAGAUGCCAUGCAGCCAUGUUGAAGCUACAGUCUACUGGAAGCGAUCGUCCGCGAGCGGGUUCCGGAUAUUCGGGCGGAAGACCUCGGAUGAUACUGCGACUUGCUUGGUAAACGUGGAGAAGGCGAAUGGUGUGCGGGCGAGAGACGUUCUGAGUGCGGCGAGGGAUUGUCAAGUUUGUGAUAUCAAAAAGUGGCAGCGCAUUGAUAUCCGUGUGCCUGGAAUCGUGCGUGGGUGA